AUGGCUAAAAACGAAGAACACGAAGAGACUAAUCUGUUUCAGAUCAUGCUGGAACAAGCGGAUGACAUUGACUUUUCCGACCCGAACAAGUCCAAGGAAGAACAAAUCGAUCCCACCGAGCUCAAGGUGCCUGGUCUGGAUGUAUCCAAACUCUUCUGUGUCGUCUACUGGGCUUUACUUCAUUCGGAGAAUUCCGAAGGGUUCACAGCCGAUUUGGACAUGAUGAACCUCGAACAGGCGAAGAAGGCGGUCAACGGUAUCUUUCAAUUUAACGUCCGACCCAGUUCUGAGUCGUACACGGGCGACGAGAAGGUGGUCCAAUUUUACGUGGAUAUGCGCAAGGAAGGAAAAAUCAUCCGAGGUCCCGGACCUGCUAAACCCAAACCGGAUUGUGUGUUGACCAUCAGCGAUCGAGACAUGAUCAGGAUCGCUCUUGGUCAGCUCAGUCCGCAGGUGGCAUUUAUGAAGGGUAAGGUGAAGGUGAAGGGUAACAUCAUGUUGGGUUUGAGGAUGCAGACCGUGUUGAUGAACGAGGUCAAGAAGAUGUCCAGGGUUGCAAAGCUCUAG